GCAGAUGAAAAUCAGCGCUCCGGCACAGGGAACUUCCACGUUCUCGGACGUGCCCGACGAAGUCAUUUCGCAUAUCUUUUCGUUUUUGGAUGUCAUCGACAUAUCCAACAGUACCGUCGUGUGCAAGCAGUGGCAACGUGUCAGCAACGCCGUCGAACUACAGAAAAAGGUCAUCAUUGAUCUGCUGAAGUGGAAGACUCAUCAACCUCUGCCUGUGCCGGUCGAGAUGGACGACUAUUUUGACUUCUGCGAUAUAAAGGAAGUUGGCCACCGUGCUCUGUUAAAAAAAUUUGUUACAGCAAGGACUCGCAAUAUCAUCAUCCGCUGGCCAGUCGGCUCCUCGUCGUCGCCGGAGCCAGUGAUGAUCGAAGACCAUCCCGAUCUUGAGUAUGGCGAAUCAUUUCAUUAUUGCCAUUACGAGGCUGUUGCAAUCCAGCGGCAAUUGGUCGACAUCUUUGGGUCAUUUCCUGGUGCCGCUGCCACAGGCGGUAUCUUUCCAUCAAUGCGAACGCUGUGAUCUUAACUGUUCGUCUUUGCCAAAUGUGACGAAAUCCUUCUCAGGCUUAACUUUUUUGCGUUCAGCGAAUCGAACACACCCAGCAGUUAGUUCCUGUAUGGCAUCCAUAGCCUGAUGGAUCUUCAGUAUCUCCCAUUUGUCUGAUAAGACAAAAACAGGCAACGUGUAGAAUAUCAAA